UGACCCAAAUUGCGGAAAUCAUCGGUUACUCGAUUAUUCACUGAUAGCUGUCUGUGAAAGCUUCAUUUGGACAAUAUCAACCAUCACCUCUCAUCUCUUACUGCUUGAAUUAUUGGAAUCAAUCUUGGAUACAGAAGCUUCUAUAUAACUUCAAUAACCAACGACAUAUUACACAUCCAUCUCCAAAAUGUUAAUCCAAGAAACGCACCAUGAUGUUCCGACAAAAGCGGGAGGAAAAGAAGGAUCGAUGAGAAUCUUUCUCUUCCAUCCGACCAUUCCAAACUACCCUCAAGCACGAUUUCCCGGUGUUGUUGUUUUCAGUGAGAUUUAUCAAGUCACUGGGCCAGUUGCCCGAUUCGCAAGACAGAUCGCUGGACAAGGCUAUAUUGUUGCAGCACCUUCAUCAUACCAUGAGUUUACCGGCCCAGAACCCCUCGCUUAUGAUGUUCCUGGAACUGAUGCUGGCAAUGAAUAUAAAAUCACCAAGACCCUCGAAGCCUACGAUGAAGAUUCCACCUUAACAAUCGACUACCUUCUCUCCCUCCCUACCUGCAAUGGCCGCAUCGGCAGCACAGGAAUGUGUCUCGGCGGCCACCUCGCCUACCGCUGUGCUCUCGACCCUCGUGUCGCCGCAACAGUAACUUAUUUCGCCACUGAUCUUCACAGCGCAACUCUCGGUCUCGGCAAAAAAGAUGACAGUCUCGCUCGUGCCUCGGAAAUCAAGGGCGAACUGGCCAUGAUUCAUGGAUGCAAGGAUAAUCAUGUGCCUCCUGAGGGAAGAGAUCUUAUCAGACAAACUUUAAGAGAAAAGGGAAUUGUAUUCAGUUGGUAUGAGGUUGCGUGGGCUCAGCACGCAUUCAUCCGCGAUGAACUAUCAAAAGGUCGCUACGACCCCGCCAUCUCUAAGAUCUGUUUCGAGAUCCUCCUUGAACUCUUCGGACGAACACUCAAAUUGGAUCUCGGACCUCAUGAUGGAAAGGAACAGAAGAUAGAAGAUAUCUGUUAGUUGUCAUAUACACUUACUUGUAUCAACAUCUACAUCUAAGCGAUGAGAUAUAGAAUAUAUGAAUUUUCUUAAAAUCUUGAUUGAAGGAAUAUUCCCCUUCACUGCUGUGACAAUUUUAUUCAAUCAUUAAAAUAGCUAGCCAUCUAUAAAAUAUCCAUUCAUCUAUCUGC